CCGCGGCUUCCGUCCCAGAUGAGCGUCAGUCAGUCAGUCAGUCAGUCAGUGACGGACCUCAGAACUGGAGCAGCACCGAAUCAUGCGCGCGCUCACCGCGUCCUGACAGCUGCACGCGGCUCGGUUCCGGUGUCGGCGAGCGAGAUGGACGGAGGCGAGAGGAAGGAUGUGAAGCUCUCUGCUGAAGUAGAACCGUUUAUCCCUCAGAAGAAAGGUGUUGAAGCUUCAUUAUUACCCAUGAGUCUGUGCGGUGAGGGUGGAGCUGAGCCCACACAAAUCCCCUCCUACCUGAUCACCUGCUACCCCUUCGUACAGGAGAAUCAGAACAACAGUCGGCAGCUGCCUAUGUAUAAUGGCGAUCACCGCUGGCAGCAGCUCAACCCGAGCCCCGGCGGGCCGUACCUGGCGUACCCGAUCCUGUCAUCUCCACAGGCCCCCGUCACCAGCGAUUACCCCACGUACUACCACGCCAUCAUGCCCACCCCCUGCCCUCCCGUCAUGGGCUUCUACCAGCCCUUUCCGGGGCCGUACACGGGGCCCCUGCAGGCCGGCGUGCUCAACCCCGUCUCCGACUGCAGCCAGACGCAGAGAGGGAGAGGCGUCUCACGAAACCCCGUCCUGCAGAAGCAGCCAGUGGCUCAGCCAAUGAGAGCCAAGCGUCCCGUGAUGCGGAGCGUAGCGGUACAGAAGGAGGUGUGUGCCGCCGGGCCUGAUGGGAGAUCCAAGACAGUGCUGCUGGUGGAUGCGGCGCAGCAGACAGAUUUCCCCGGCGAGGCGUCUGGCAGCGUCAGAUGUGUGUCGGAUCAGGCGAGUCCUCAGUGGAAGAAUAAAGCUCGGCGCAGACGCACAUCGCAGCAGGAGUCGUCCAGCGAGCAGGGAGCCAGCGAGGCCGACAUCGACAGCGACAGCGGCUACUGCAGCCCCAAACACAACCAGGGAGUCGCCAACACCUCCACCAAUCAGCACACGGCCGCCACGGCUGUGGAUGCUGGUGUCAUGACAGCUGUUAGCUGGGGGAAUGUAGCCUCACAGACCGUCCAGAAGCCGUGGGCAGACAGGAACACAGCGUAUCACAGAGGCAGAACACCUGAGCUGAGGAACUACACACAGGACUUCCAGAUGAGCUUUGGAGGUUGUGCAGGAGGACAGAGAUCAGCUCCUUCAGAGACGCCCAACACACACCUCACACCUGAGCCACUGUACUUUCAGGAUGAGGACGAGUUUCCUGAUCUGGCCACCGGUGGCGCUGUUCAGCGGAAUAAACCAGAACCAGUUCAGCCCAAACUGCCCAAGAAUCUGCUGGAUAACCUUCCGGAGAAUUCUCCCAUAAGCAUUGUGCAGACGCCCAUCCCCAUCACCAGCUCUGUGCCCAAGAGAGCCAAGAGUCAGAGGAAGAAGGCACUCGCCGCCGCUCUCGCCACAGCGCAGGAGUACAACGAGAUCAGCAUGGAGCAGAAGAAACUACAGGAGGCUCUGUCUAAAGCAGCAGGUAAGAAGAGCAGGACACCGGUGCAGUUGGAUCUGGGCGACAUGCUGGCGGCGCUAGAGAAACAACAACAGGCCAUGAGAGCACGACAACUCAACAACACCAAACCACUGUCAUACACAGUCGGGACAGUGGGCGCUCUACACAGUAAAGAUGGCGGCGGUGGCAGUCGAGUGACGGGACUCAAAAACACAUACACCCCCCCACACAACAUCCUGGACUCUAGCGCACCGCGCGUCAAGAGAGGGAAAGAGAGAGAGAUUCCCAAAGUCAAGAAGACCACCGCCAUGAAGAAGAUCAUUCUGCAGGAGCGUGAGGUGAAGAAGGGCAAGAGUUCUGCUGAUCAGAGCGUAUCUGGAGCCGACGAGCAGAGAGACGCUCUGAGCUUCACUGACCCGCUCACACAGGAGCAGGAUGAGAACGGACUGAGCAUGCCCAGUGAUGCGUCUCUGUCUCCAGCCAGUCAGAACUCUCCGUAUAGCAUCACGCCCGUGUCACAGGGCUCGCCCGCCAGCUCCGGCAUCGGGAGCCCCAUGGCUGCGUCCGCCAUCACCAAGAUCCACAGCCGCAGGUUCAGAGAGUACUGUAAUCAGGUGUUGAGUAAGGAGAUCGACGAGAGCGUGACGCUGCUCCUGCAGGAGCUAGUUCGCUUUCAGGAGCGGGUUUAUCAGAAGGAGCCCAGCAAAGCCAAAGCCAAGAGGCGGCUGGUCAUGGGGCUGCGAGAGGUCACCAAACACAUGAAACUGCACAAGAUCAAGUGUGUCAUCAUCUCACCCAACUGUGAGAAGAUCCAGGCCAAAGGAGGUCUGGAUGAGGCCCUUUAUAACGUCAUCGCCAUGGCAAGGGAGCAGGAGAUCCCAUUUGUGUUCGCUCUGGGUCGAAAAGCUCUGGGCCGCUGUGUAAAUAAACUGGUGCCGGUGAGCGUCGUGGGAAUAUUCAACUAUUCUGGAGCAGAGGCUCUGUUCAAUAAGCUGGUGUCUCUGACGGAGGAGGCACGGAGGGCGUAUAAGGACAUGGUGAACGCUCUGGAGCAGGAGCAGGCCGAGGAGGCGCUGAAGAACGUCAAGAAGGUCCCGCACCACAUGGGCCACUCCAGAAACCCAUCCGCCGCCAGCGCCAUCUCCUUCUGCAGCGUCAUCUCCGAGCCCAUCUCAGAGGUCAACGAGAAGGAAUACGAGACCAACUGGAGGACGAUGGUGGAGAGCGCAGACGCUCCAGAGCCGCUGGAGACCGAACCCGUCAGCAGAGCGACCAGCAAAGAGCAGCGCGAGGUCAGCUCACCGCCUCCGCAGCCGGCGGUCACUCGCGCUCCAGAGAGAGAAGAAUCAUCCCGCUCGGAUGACCGGCUGGAGUGGGCAUCCCAGCAGAGCACAGAGACCGGCUCCCUGGACGGCAGCUGCAGAGACCGGCUCAACUCCUCCAUCACCAGCACCACCAGCACACUGGUGCCCGGCAUGCUGGAGGAGGAGGAUGAGGAGGAGGAGGAAGAGGAGGAGGACUACACGCCCGAGCCCAUCUCUGUGCAGGUGCCGCCGCUCAGCUCCAGGAUCGAGUCCUGGGUCUCCAAAACCCUGGAGAACCUGCAGCUGCGCAGACAGAGCAGCACCGAGGACGAGGAUGAUGACGACGAGGAAGAGCGGCUGAGCGACGAAGAGGAGCUCGACUCCUCUGAUCUCGCCGAACCGGCGGCCGACGACAAAGACGCGGCGGAUUCGCGCGCAGAAUGAGAGGUCGCACCUUCCACAAACACAAACACUGACUCAGGAAUCAAUAACGGACAGACCAACUGCUCACACACGCUCUCUGUGAAUAUCUCACGCUCAUAUCUGCUCGCUCUCCACACGCCUGACUAGGGCUGCGAUGAUAAAUCAAUGCAGAAUCCAUUCUGAGAUCUUCCGAAUGCAUGCGAUUCUCUGUGGAAUUGAUUCUGAGCUUAUAUUGUAACAGCAGAUGGCGCUCUACUCUAGUUUUUAUCCACACACUCAAAUGCUGAUGAAGAAGAGCGAUGAAGAGUCUGUAAUCUCACCUCGGCUCAGAAUGCUUUUAUGACACCAGAUUAAUGUAAACACAGUCCACUGUGAACACCCUUGUAUUGGCUUCAAUCUUUUCGAAUCUUAUGAAUGAUUAUUUUAGGUUCGAGUGUGUGUAAGGAUUUGGAAACGAGCUGUUUCUGUAGCAUGCAGCGCCACCUGCUGUUCAAAACUCAGAGUCGACUCCAGAAACAAUCACCAUGCAUUCGGAAAAUCUCGAUGCUGAAUCAUUUCUCGAUUUGCGAUGCAUCGAUUAAUUUUCCCAGCCCUACGCCUGACUCUACGUCUUCAGAUGACGCUCGGGCUGCUCUUCAGGAUCACGGCGCUCUAGAAAUGACACCGAAGCACCGUAAAGCAUCAUAACAGUCGUCCAUAUGCUUAGGGUUCAUACUUCAAAUCACUCAUUCACAAAGUGAUUGACAGCAAACACGCCACUGGUUUGGAUGUGUAACCGGACUUGAGGUCCUGAAGGAUUGGUUCACCACCAAAUCAUCAUUUACCCACCCUCAUAAACAAAUAUAUCUGAAAGAGCUUUAGGCGACAGCCAACUUUGACUUCGUACCAACAGAGACUUCUCAAAAUAGAUCAUUUUGUGCUCUACUAAAGAAAGAAAGUCAGUCACACAGGUUUGAACGGCAUUACUGAUGACACAAUUAUCAUUUUUGGGUGAACUAUUCCUUUAAAGCAUGAUAUUUAAGAGCUGUACUGAAUCGCUAUCAUGAUGCUUUACAGUGUUUUUGUGCUUUUCCCUUAAAAACGAGCGGGUGAACGUUCUUCUGAACAACUCAUCCGUGUUCCACUGAAGAGAUAAAGUCACGUGUUUAAAGUGAGUAAAUGAAUUAUUUCUUAAAAUCAAUGAAGGAAACGAGUUUGUUCAUUCCUCCGCACACGUCUGAUCCUCUGCGGCCGCGUGUGUCCUCCGUGGCUCUCGUCUGGAGGUGUGUUUGGUUUAACCAGGAAAAGCGAACGCAAAGCAUUAACAAAGCAGCAGCAGACGUCUUGAUGUGUGCAUAACUAAUGACGUGAACAAAUGAACCAACCCUGUGUAAAUAACAUGUUUGAAUGUUUCUAAUACUCCGUCGUCUUCGGUUCUAUUUAUGGUGUUCGGACGGACUCGGAGGGCGUUUUAUCCCACGUGUGUCUCUCUCCGGCUGGACUCGUUUCUCCUGGUACUGACGGAUCUGUGGUUUCCUGCUCCUGUCUGUGUGUGUUAGUCUCUAACCACGUUUACUCUGAUUUACUCUGCUCUUUCUCCUCCGCUGGAGAGGUGAUCUCCACAUGAAGGAUUUGUGAUGUUAUGACGAUGAUGUUGAUUAAUGUCUGUGUUUAUGGCUAAUGGAUCCGGUGCUGGUGUAAACCGUGUCGAUGUUCUGGAGCAGCAGGAUCUCGGUGCAAUAAGCUUCUGUAGCAGCGUUGGGUGCGGUGCUAGCGGAUCCGUCUCUCUCUCUCUCUCUGUGUUUGGAGUGAUCUUCAUCGGCGUGUCUUUUGCACUAUGUACAUAAACGUGAACAUGCUUUGGUAACUAAUGUGAAACUAGCACGCAUCUCUGACGUGUGUUUUCCAGCGGUUCUGAUGGUGAAGUCGCAGCAUCUGUACAUGCAGUAACUGUUCUCUGACUGAUCGUUAAUACAAUUAAACUGUUUUCAGUAAACUA